AUGACGGGUUCAGAAAAUGGUCUUGUCUGGUCAGCCUGUCGUGCAUACAACGAAGGCAAGCACCUGAUCAUCCGUCCCGAUGAUGUCUGGCUGGCCAUCCUCCAGAACAUCGGACGUUACACUCUCCCUCUCACAGAUGAGUGUUUGUUGGAGGCCAAGUUCGACAUUCCAACCUUAAGCGAGAAAGACUUUCGGAUCCCCUCUACCUUGGCUGAGGAAAUGAAGUAUUUCGUCAACAGGAAAUGCUUAUCAAAUGAACAUACGAGUUCCUUGAUACCAGACUUUAGCACGACGUAUCCAGAAGAUAUUACCGCUGCGUGUGUUAUGCUCCUCGGUGGAGAGCUCAAAGAGAAGUUUCUCGGCGACUGUCGCUUCAAAAAGGGUGGCAUUCCUGUAGUGACCCUCUCUGGAUCGGUUCUAGAUUGGGCUAACCUCCUCAGUAAGUUAAAAUACUUCAAGGACGAGGGUGAAGAAGUGCAAUUCUUUAUCAAGAAAAUACGGCCCGUUUUGAGCCUUCUGCAAUAUGCUGCUCGUGAACCAGAUAGCCCAGCAGCGCACGAGUUUAUCGGGGCCAUGGUUAGGAGAACACCCCCAAAUGGCGAAGACGAUCACUUGGUGACUGGCUGGAUCACCGCCUUUUGUCAUGUCAAUCCAGAACACCAAAGUCGGCAAUCUGACAUGGAGAGACACGAGCUAUCUGAUCAAGCUGUUGGGCCUGAAGUCCCGGAAAACAAAGACACAUCUGAGGAAGAUGAUGAAGAACGUAUCUUCCACCAAACCAUCAACCUCUCGGAUAUUCCCCCCGGAAUCGCGAGAUUGCCUGUGCGGUUGAUGAGUAAACAAAGGAUUUUUAAUUGCAUCAUGAUAGGAGGGUCUAUUGCGGUGGCGUGUGGAUACCAUGAGAGUACCGGAUGGAUAUACAGGCCGAUGUCAGGAUGGAUUUUGAGCAUCAACGAGGACAUUGAAAUGGCGCGCAAGAGACAAGAGAUCUUGGAUGAUGUAAAGCAGGAGAUUUUGCAUCAAGCACGGGAGGCAGCAAAAGAGUUUGAAGACUGCGUCUGGAGCAGUACUGCGAGCUCUUUAGUGUUAAGUCGGCUCGAGAGGCGGUUAGCAAAGUUAUGA